AGUCAAGAAUAUUUAGAAAAUGUAAUUAUAUGUUGUACUUUUUCUAGUUGAUGGUUCCCAACAACACUCUGCCAUCAUACACACAUGCUGGGUCUUCUAGUUUCGUAGAAGUCAACCAGAGUUGCCUUAAUGAUUCAUUAGUGGAUGUCAGUGGGCUCUGCACAGGAUGGAUUGCCCAGACCACUAGCACAUCUGCUCUUCAACCUCUGAGUCACUGGACUCCUCCAGACCAACACCACGACCCUGCCAUCCCGUCCCACACGGAUAUGUACGUCCAGCCGAUCUGUCCCAGUUACACUGUGGUGGGCCCUUCCCCCAUGCUGACGUUACACACACCUUUCUUCACCAACCUUGCGACCAUGAGCACUUCCAGCUCAGCCCUGCCUCAGGUGGAGGUCCCGGACUCCUCCUUUACGUACAUCCCUUGGGCUCAGCCUUUAUCCACUAUCUCCGGCUCCGUUGUGCAGGCCCCCUCAAUGCCAGCGGCCAUGUCAGCCCACCAGCUCUUCCCAGUGCCUCUGACCUUGCCAGUACUCUCACCAGAACUGGAGCCUCAGCAGGUGGAGACUCCCCCAGCCCCCGAGGGCACUCUGGCCCUUGAGAAACUGCUGGAAGAAGAUGAGGGCCAAAAAGAACCCUACAUCUGCAACUCCUCGCUGUUUUCAGAAGAUAUUUAAGAUAUUCGCAUUAGCACUCU